AUGGCACCCAAGAACGCCAAAGGCAAGGGAAAGGACGCUGGCGGCAAAGGAAAGGAUGCUGGCGGCAAGGGAAAGGAUGACAAGGGCGGAAAGCCUGCCGUGAAGGGCGCUCAGUCAAUUAACGUGCGCCAUAUUCUUUGCGAGAAACACGCUAAGAAAGAAGAAGCGCUGGAGAAGCUGCGAAACGGCACCAAGUUCGACGAGGUUGCUCGUGAGUUUUCGGAGGAUAAGGCUAGAACAGGAGGCGCCCUCGGAUGGAAGACUAAGGGUGAUUUAGACCCGGCGUUUGAGGCCAUUGCCUUUGACCUUGAGACUAGUACUACUGCCAAACCAAAGUAUGGCGAGGUCAAGACUGGGUUUGGGUAUCAUAUCAUGAUGGUUGAGGGACGGAAGUGA